AUGGGUCCCAAUGUGCUUGUUUUCUUUAUUCCAACCUUUUUUUUUUUUUCUAAAAGGUGCCUUUGCUAUGUGGAACCACAAAAUUUAACAGGUGUCUUGGAAUUUAUGCUCCUGGGCCUUUCAGAUGAUCCAAAGGUGCAACCUGUCCUCUUUGGACUGUUCCUGUCCAUGUACCUGGUCACGGUUCUUGGGAACCUGCUCAUCAUCCUGGCCAUCAGCUCUGACCCCCACCUCCACACCCCCAUGUACUUCUUCCUCUCCAACCUGUCCUUGGCUGACAUUGGCUUUAGCAGCUCUACAAUUCCCAAGAUGCUGGUGAACUUCCAGACACACAGCAAAUCCAUCAGCUAUGCAGGUUGCCUAACUCAGGUGUCCUGUUUUUUCCUUUUUGGAUGUUUGGAUAGUCUACUGCUGGCCGUGAUGGCCUAUGACCGCUUGGUGGCCAUUUGCCACCCUCUACAUUACCCAAUCAUCAUGAACCCCCGCCUCUGUGGCCUGUUGGCCCUGGUGUCCUUCUCCAUCAGUCUUGUGGACUCCCAGGUACACUGCUGGAUGGUGUCACAACUGACCUUCUGCCAAGAUGUAGAAAUCCCUCAUUUCUUCUGCGAUGUGCCUCAGUUGUUCAAACUUGCCUGUUCUGAUACCUCUGCUAACAACAUAGUCAUAUUUCUCGUUGGCACCAUCUCUGGUUUUCUGCCUAUCGCAGGGAUCCUCUUCUCCUACUGUAAAAUUGUUUCCUCUGUUCUAAGAGUCCCAUCCUCAGGUGGGAAGUGCAAAGCCUUCUCCACUUGUGGGUCUCACCUAUCUGUUGUUUGCUUAUUUUACGGAACAGGCCUUGGGGUGUACCUCAGUUCAUCUGUCUCAACUUCCUCCAGAAAGAGUAUGGUGGUCUCAGUGAUGUACACCAUGGUCACCCCCAUGCUGAACCCCUUCAUCUACAGCCUGAGGAACAAGGACAUCAAGAAGUCCCUGCAGAGAAUUCUGAAAGUUUGGUGGGCACCCGAUGGCUACUUAAAUGCAAUUAGUGCAGCGGCCACUCUUCAAGACUCGGGUGAGAGGUUUCCCAGCCUASGCAGCUCUCAAUCACCUGUUCGGUACGGAGCAGGCAUGUUGGGUUCUGCCAAAGCCACUUCCAACUUUUCUGUCUGGGCCCGGAGAGCAAUUGGCACCACCCAUACACUUAAGUGGCUCUUCAACCUAUUACUUCUCAAUCAGACUUCUAUCAUGGACCACUUGAUAAACCCACUUUUUAAAGAGGGACUCCAAACUGCUUGCCCAACAUCAUCCCCUUUCAGCCUGAAGAAGCCAGAACGAUCUUUGCCCCCUUUCCUUACAGCAGCCCCUGUGAAAACCCAAGUGGGCUCCCUGGAACCGGCUGUGCAGAGGGACAUCUCCAGUGGUAGCCCUUGGAGAGAGUCGGUGUGUCCAGUGUGGCUGGUGCAGCAAGAAGGAAAAGGGAAGGUGGGCACCGGGCUCUACUCCAGGACAGUGACCCUGGGCAGCCCAGGGUAG